GUCUGGCGUAUUGGAAUUGUGUUUCUGUUUAGUUUUGAUGAGUUAUGUGUCUUUAUGGUUGGCUGACAUGACGCAUGCAAAUUUGAGUUAGAUUAGCAACGGUGACCGGACACACAACAACACACGCCACAUGCUGUACCCGGGAUCCAUAAAGUCACGUGACUGUCUGAUGACCAGCAUCACAGCAUUCAGAUGGCAUCAUUUCCUGUCUGGCCGAUGAUGCUCUGAAGCAGGCAGUAUGGAUACGAGCCUGCUGAUUGGCUGGCAGGAUGAGCGGGCGGAGCUGAGAUCGGAGCUCUCACGGCUGGAGGAGGAGCUUGCAGAGAGCCGUGCUGAUAGGCUGGAGCUGGAGUCGCGUGCACAGGCCCUCACAGAGAGGCUGGCCCAGUCUCUGGACCCCUCCCUCUCCUCGUCUCUGCAUGUGGACGCUGAGCAUCGGGAAUGGAGGAGGAAGCUGAGAGAAGGCAAGGAGAGAGAGACCAGACAAGCCCUGCUCAUCCACAAACUCCAGACCAAGGUGCUGGAGUAUCGCUCCCGGUGCCAAGGCUUGGAACAGAAAGUGGAGGAAGAGGGGAAGGAUAUGAGAAUGAGAGAGAAGAGAAUCCGUGAUGAACACAGUGACUCCUUGGAGAGCGCCCUCAUCAGGCUGGAGGAGGAACAGCAGAGGAGUGUGGGACUGGUAGAGGUCAACAGCCUCCUCCGCAGCGAGCUCAGCCAAUCAGCAGAAGCCAAUGACUCUCUCAGGGAGGACCUCCGUAAGCUGACGGAUGAUUGGUCCAAGGCAGUGGAGGAGGCGGGGCAGAGGGAAUCGGAGUGGCUCAGAGAGAAACAGUUCCUAACAGGACAUAUAAGUCAUGAACACACUCGACUGAUGACGCUAUGGGGGAGAGUGGUGACUCUUAGACGCCAGUGCAACACCGUCAAGACCGCCACUGACAAGGACUUAUGGGAGCUCAGGGCGGAGUUCUCACGCCUCUCCUCCUCUCUGCUCACCUCUUGUGCCUCCGCGCGGCCUCUCGUGACCUUUUCCAUGACCCCUGACCUUUACGGACCACGCUCCUCCUCCGCGCCCCCCCUCUCCGCAGACGGCCCUCUCUCUCUGGGGGAACUGGGGAUGGAGCGGAGGGAGAGAGCGAAGGAGAGAGAGAAGGAGAGAGAGAAGGAGAGAGUGAAGGAGAGGGAGAAGGAGAGAGAGAAGGAGAGGGAGAUGAACGAGCUGAGGGAACAACACGAGGCAGAGACACUGGCACUCAGGAACAGGGUUGCGGAGCUGAGUCUCUCUCUGAAGGAGAGGGAGGCAGAUAUAGAGAAGCUGGAGGAGGAGAGGAAGGAACGACAGAGCCAGAAGAAAGAGAGAGAGGAGGAGGACGAGAGGGAAUGGGAGAGAAGCAGAGAGAUGGAGAGAAACCUCGAGUCUGUUCAGGAGGCCCUCACUAAACUGUCCCGUAUCAUGACUACACGCAGUGGAGCUGGAGAUGCCCCUCUCCUUGCUGUGAAAGGGGGCGUGGCCAAGGGGCUGCCCACCUGGCUGUCAAUCAUCGCCCAGGCGGAGAGCUCCCUCCAGUGGAAACAUCAGGAACUGCAGAUGUGUGUUACUAUCAGGGUUUUGGAUUCUUAUCAUCCAUGGUAA